UGGAUUAUUGAUUUUUGUUGGGUGCUUGGAUGCACUGGAUUUUGAAAAUCGCGACGGCGGUGAGUGCGAUCACAACAAAUGCGGGCAUUGUUUACAAAUGGUGGCGACGACGGCGGGUCGCGAAUUCCCCGUUUCAUACCAAAGAUGACUAAAAGCGAAAAGUCAAGUAAUGACAGAGACAAAUGGGCAAUCUGUGUUGUUUGAAUAGAAAGAGCCGAAAGAAGAUCGUCCUACUUCUGCUUGGUCUGGACAAUGCGGGUAAAACUGUGGCGGUGAAGAACCUGAGCAGAGAACCGUUGGACGCGGUCGUUCCAACCGUCGGAUUCUCGGUGAUCACUUUGACCUAUCUGAACUACGACGUAAAGGUCUACGACCUAGGUGGAAGGCCGGACAUACGCGACAUUUGGGAGCAAUACUUUGUCGAUGCGCACGGAGUCAUUUUCGUAAUAGAUUCAAGCGAUUACGAGAGGUUGAAUGAAGCGCAGGAAUCGCUUACCAAAGUGAUCUCGCACGAGAAGAUGCGUGGGAAACCGCUGCUCGUGUUGGCCAACAAGCAGGACCACGAGAACGCUUUGGAUGAUAUAGAUCUGAUAGAGAAAUUGCAGCUGGAGAUGUUGGUGAACGCAUGCGAGAGUCCGGCGAUGGUCGAGACCUGCUCCGCCUCGGAAGUUCACGCCAAAUCCAAGAUUGAUCCCGGCAUCAAAAAGGGGUACAGUUGGUUGAUCAAUUACAUAAUUAGGGAAUACGACACGUUGAAUGAUCGCGUGGAAUACGAUAUGGACGUGCAGAAUGAGCUGCUAAGAAAGGAACGCGAGGCUAAGAUCGAGCGAUUGAGACUGCUGAACGAGCAGGAGGCACGCAGGACAGUCGAAGAUACUGCCAAGCAAAUCAAUGGGUUGCCUUUGAGCGAUGUCUUCGUGAUCAAAAACAACAAGUUCAAGCACAGCGAUAGCGACACCAGCGAGUCGAAUGAGUCUUUGGCGCACGUCUAUUACGGAACAAUACAGCAGGAGGUUGUACCGGAGGAGACGAGACCCAAGUCCGCUACGAACAUAGUGAGGCAACAUUUGGCGUUGGAGAACGGCCAUGCGAAGGAGCGUUUCAACUUUAAGAUGGCAAAUAAGGUGGCGCCUGUCCAUUUGGAAAUCAAGAAACCUAGAAGUGCGACCGAGAGAAAGUCGGAGAGCAGUCAGCAGGAUAGAAGAAAUUUGAAGUCGGCGGGUGAUUCCAUUUUCGUUGUGACCAAUGUGCCUAAAUUGUCGUUGCCCGUUGAGAAUGGGUCUGGUGACAUACGCGUUUUCACAGCCACCCUGCCGGGUAACGUCCUACCCCCGAUAUCCUCCAAGAACAGAAACGUCCGAUACAGCGAGAUCAAUCACAUCUAAACGAU